AUGGGUCAGGCGUGUUCCUCAAACCCAGCCGUGGCGGAUGAUGAGAGCGACGGCCUCGUUGAACCUAUGGAGGUCAAUGGCAGCAAGGCCUGGACGACUCGCGCACGGCGCUUGAGCGUUAGCGCCGAUGCAAAGGGCCACGUCAAACCUGGAGCGGCCAAAGCUCCAGUUGAGAAAGGGGCAGCCCCACAGGCCGCCCACGUGCCACAGGCAGGUGCCCCCAACGAACCCACAAGCGGCGCAUGCGAGGGCAGCGGGCAGCAGCAGGGCUCCAAGGAGGCGCAGGGCGCGCGGCUGCCAACGGACCAAGGGGAGGUGGUGCGGCGCAACAGCGGCACGCGGCGGCGACGACUGUCGUACAUCACAAACGACAAUGACAUUGCCCGCCUGAAGGCAGAGGGGGGCGGCGAGGCCGGCGGCGACGGCGAGGGCGACCACUUCGCUACCGUGGGACCUCUCCGCACAUUUGGCAUGUCUGUCGCGUGUGUGAGCCGCGCGGGGCGCGAGCCCGGCUACAAGAAAACCAAUCAGGACAGCUGCUUUGCGUUUGAGCGAUUCAUAGGGGACAACGAGAGCCUGUUUGGCGCUAUGGACGGGCACGGCCCGCAUGGCCACCUGGUGUCGUCGUUUGUCAAGCAGCAUCUGCCGCUGCUGCUGGCGGACCGCCUUGCCAGCGGCGACUGCGCGAUGCGCGCGCUUUCCGAGGGCUUUCUGGAGUGUGACGCACGUCUGGGGUGCAGCCGCAUUGACUGCGAGUUCAGCGGGUCGACGUGCGUGGUGGCACACCUGAAGGGCGCACAGCUGACGACGGCAUGGGUGGGCGACUCCCGCUGCGUGCUGGGCCGCCUGUCGCCGUCUGGUGCGUGGGAGGCGGUGGAGCUGACCGCAGACCACAAGCCCACCAACCCGGGAGAGAAGGAGCGCAUCCUACGCAGCCAGGGGCGAGUGGAGAGGCUCGUCGACGAGUUGGGCCAGCCCAUGGGCCCUGACCGCGUGUGGCUGCAGUACGCCUGGGUCCCAGGCCUGGCCAUGAGCCGCGCGCUCGGGGACCAGCUGGCACACCAGGUGGGUGUGUCGUCAGAGCCGGAGCACCAGCAGGUGGCGCUGGCUCCAGAGGACCGGUUCAUGGUGCUGGCCUCAGACGGUGUGUGGGAGUUCAUCAGCAGCCAGGAGGCUGUUGAGCUGGUGGCGGCACUGGAUGAUCCCGAGGAAGCAGGGGAGGCGCUUGUCGAGGAGGCCUUCCAGCGAUGGCUGGUGGAGGAGGAGGGCGUCGUGGAUGACAUCACCGUGGUGGUUGUCAGGUUCCACCAUGGCAGCCACGGGGCCAAUGGAGUGGGGCCAGCCAUCAGCAUGCGCGCGAGCACAACCCUUGACAUUGUCAGCGGCACUGGGCCGAUCCCGCCACACACUGGAUGCCCCCUGGCGGCCAGCGUGGUCGCGGCGCGGGCCAAGGGUGCUCCCGCCAUGGAGGAGUUUCCAUGA